AUGGGCAGACACGAACGACCACUAAAGGUGGUGGCAAUGCCGGAAACAUCAUCUGAUAAUCUGAAUGACGAUCAGCAAGGCGACAAAGAUUUAACAUCUAAGACAACAAUGGAACGUGAAAAAGAGAAAACUGUAGGAGCGAUUACAAUGGACCAGGAAAUCCAUGAAACCCUAGAAGCAGAGAAGGGGAUAAACGAACCCAGAAAACUGGGUUGA